AUGGAUCAAACCUUGUCCUCGACUACGCUAUGGCAGAAUCGGAAAUGUCUUCUUCUCUGCUGUCUUGUUUCCAUGGCGAAUAUGCAAUAUGGAUUUGACCUUGCCGCGGUGGGAUCGUUGCAAGCGAUGCCUGGGUUUCUUAAGGUGUUUGGGUACCCAUCGCCAGAUAGUGACACCGGGUACGCGAUUGAUAGUACAGUACAGCAGCUGAUUACAUCCCUCCUUACAUUGGGAUCCUUCGUUUCAUCUCUUGUUGCGGGAUUUUUCUCCUCAUAUCUAGGCCGUCGCCAAGCCCUCUGGCUUGCUUGCAUCGUCAACGCCGUAGCAUGUGGUAUCCAAAUCGGAACUUCUUCCGCCGGGGUCUUAUAUCUAGGUCGACUACUGCUGGGCUUCGCCAAUGGCUUUCUCGUGACGUUCUCUAAUAUUUACACCGCAGAGGCAGCACCGGCGCACAUGCGCGGAGUGAUGGUCGCGUUGUUCGCUUAUUGGGUGAAUAUCGGGAGUAUUAUGGGUGCUGUGGUGGAUAAUAAGACUAAAGAACGGAUGGAUGCGUUAUCAUACAGGAUCCCUCUGGCUUGUCUUUAUGUUGUUCCGGCACUUCUCUUCGUGGCUUUAUUCUUUGUUCCGGAAAGUCCGCGCUGGUUACUUCAUCGGGGCAAAGAGGGGGCAGCGAGAAAGGCGUUGGAGCAGCUUCGAGGGUCGAGUUAUGCGAAGCUCCUUGCCACUACCGGGGGAGAUGAUAGUGGGGAUGAGAAUGGGAGUGUUGGAAGCACGACUGUCAUUCCGUCUUUACUGGAGGUUGAGUGGGCGGAAAUGGUCAAGGGCGUUGAAGAAGAGAAGCGCACGCAAGGAGAUGUCGCUGCGCUGGACAUGUUCCGAGGCGUCGAACUUCGCCGAACAAUCCUCUGCUACUGCAUGAUCGGGUGCCAAACAGCCUCAGGCGUCUGGUUUCUCAUCGGCUACCAAACAUACUUUUUCACCGUAUGCGGUAUUGCAAAAGCAUUUGAAUUCUCCAUCAUGAAUACCUGCUUCGGCUUUCUGGGUGUCAAUAUCGGAAUGUACGCCAUCCGGGAAUGGCUCGGACGUCGCUCAAUACUCAUGCUUGGCGCCAUCGCCUGCGGACUUUGUCAACUGGCCAGUGCGAUCGCGGCGUCUGUGAGCCCCAACUCCUUGCAGACAGGCCAGACGCUUGUGGCGUUCACGGCAUUGUUCAUGUUCUUUUAUAAUGGUUGUGUUGGGGCUGCGAGCUACCCCGUUGCGACGGAAUUGGUGAGUUCGAGGUUGCGAGCUUGGACGGUUGGGACUGCUACCUCGCUGGGGUAUUUACUCGCCUGGCUGGUGAAUUUCUGUACGCCUUAUUUUAUUAAUCCGGAACAUCUGAAUUGGGUGAGUGGUCAUGAUGUAAUAGUCUGUUUUCUCGGUGGACCUGGCACUGACAGGAUUAUGCAGGGAGCCCGAUAUGGAUACAUUUGGACAGCAUCCAAUUUCCUUUGUGUAGUAUUUUUCUACUUCUUUAUGCCAGAGAUGAAAGGUCGGUCUUUAGAGGAGUUGGAUGAGAUUUUUGCGGCUCGAGUUCCGGCUCGCAAGUUUGAGUCAUAUCAGUGUUUGAUUCGAGAGGCGGCUCACUUAGAUGCAGUAAAUGCGAAGGCUGGAAAGAAGGAAGAACACUAG